AAGUACAUAUAUGUAUACUAGAUUCAUUAUAAGAAAAUCUCAUGAAAUGACAGAAUUUGAAAAAGAUAAUCAUUUUGAUGUGAAGCAAGUUUACUAAUUACAGUUAUUAAAAUACAGUGUCACAAUUUUUAUGUUAUACCAAUACAUAAGAUCCAGUGGAAUUAGAUCUUUUGAAUCUGUCAUAUUGUCUGAUUGAGUUGUAUAUAUAAAUAAAUAAAUAAAUAAAUAAGUAUAUUAUGUAUACACGUAUGUAUCAGGGAAAAGCAUCAUUUUUAUGUAGUAGAUAACCAUUUGUAUUAAUUUAAACGUCUGAAUUGUCAUAAUUGUACCACAAAUAUUUUAUUAUAUAAAUUUAUAUCAAAAGAAACUCUAAUAUGAUAAAGUAUAAAAGAUACAGCGUAGGAUUGCCUUAGACAAAAUUAAUAUCUCAAAGAUAAAUAAUGAAUAAUAUUUCUGGACAAUUCCGUAAAACAAUGUGGGAUCCGUUCCUUAUAAUAUCUCAAAUAAUUGCAGUCCAGACUGUGAUGUACUUCUGCCUUGGAUUAUGGAUUUGGAUUGUUGCAUCAUACAUAGGAUCCACAAAGUCAUUAGAUUAUGUUUUCCAUUAUAAACAAAUACACGUUAGAGAUUUUGCUGGACAGUUUAUAAUAAUUAUUUUUAUCUUAAAUGCAUUAAUUGGAGCAAUCGCACUAUGGUGGUUAGUACAGCGGACAAAACAGUGUAUGGAUUUUGCCUGUACAGCACACUUAAUACAUUUAUUAUGCUGUUGGAUAUACAAUGCAAGUUUUCCAUCAACUUUUAGUUGGUGGUGUUUAAACAUUAUAUCUUUAAGCAUAAUGUGCGUUUGUGGUGAAUUCCUUUGCAUGAAAACUGAAUUACAAGCAAUACCAUUAAGCAUGAGCAGUCAGAAAACAGCCUUGUAAAAAUUUGCUACCAAAGUGAAAUUGAUGUUUAGUAAACAAUAUCAUUUUAUACUAAAAAGUUUAAAACAGAUAAAUAAAAGACUAUUUGUUUUUUAUA